UGAAAACCAGUUAGUAUGCUGUCCAGUAACAAUGAAUAGAAUUCCUGCAACCACAAUGAUCUCAGAGCCACUAAGUAUUUAGGAAGUAAAAACAUUUGGUAACCAGAUGUUGAAACACAGUGUGGUCUGCUAGCAGCUAUAUCUGCUCUAUCUCUUACAGUAACACCAUUCAUACAGACAAGCUCGAGCUGAGAGGUACAACUGCAGCCAUGUCUCCAAAUGUUUUGUUCAUUAUUUUGCUGUGGCAUGAGACAGUCAGCUGGGGUGUGAAAAACGGAGUGCUGCACAACUCAAUUUGGUUAGAACAAGCAGCCGGUGUUUAUCACAGAGAAUCACGUAAAGGAAAAUACCAGCUCACCCAGAGAGAUGCUAAACUGCUCUGCAAUAAUGAGGGUGGCACUCUUGCAACAUAUAAUCAGUUGAAAGCAGCUCAAAAAAUAGGGUUUCACGUGUGUGCAGCUGGUUGGCUUGCUGGAGGAAAAGUUGGGUAUCCGAUAGUGAAACCUGGACUCAACUGUGGAUUUGGAAAAACUGGUGUCAUUGACUAUGGAUAUCGAGUCAAUAAAAGUGAACGAUGGGAUGCUUACUGCUUCAAUCCACAUGCAAAACAAUGUGGUGGGGUUCUAACAGAACCGGAGCGCAUUAUUACUUCACCAGACUACCCUAAUGAAUACGAACAUCAACAGAUCUGUUACUGGCACAUCCGAAUAAAAUAUAAACAGCGUAUUCAUUUACAGUUUAUCGAGUUUGAUGUAGAAGAUGAUCCAUCUUGCUUGUCUGACUACCUUGAAGUAUAUGACAGUUACGAUGACUUGCUAGGUUUUGUUGGCAGAUUUUGUGGAAAUCAGUUACCAAGAGAUAUUAUUAGUACAGGCAAUGUUAUGACUUUGAAGUUUUUGUCAGACUCAUCAAUUACGGCAAAAGGUUUUCUACUUGCGUAUAAAGCCAUCAAUCCACCCUCUCCUGCCUCAGAACCUGAGACAAAAAACACUACAAGUCGAUGAAAUCACAAGGAUUGCUAUUCAUCCAGUCAAGCCUGCUGUUCAAAGAAUUCAGUUACUUGUCUCAUAAACAUUAGGACUGGAAUCUCUUACACAGAACAUAGAACAUAUUAUAUAGAAAAGUACAGCACAGGAACAGGCCAUCAGCUCACAAUCUGGCGCCAAACCAGGUAAAAAGCAAAUCAAAACCAUCUAAACACUAAUCCCUCCUACAUACACCAUGUCCAUAUCCCUCCAACUCCUUACAUCCCCAUGCCUAUCCAAAUCUCUGUUAAAUCUCUCAGCAUCCAAUAUAGUUGGCUCCACCACCAUACCAGGCAGCACAUUCCAGGGAUCCAUAACUCUCUGAGUAAAAAACUUACUCCUCACAUCCCCCUUGAACCUAGCCCCUCUCACCUUCAAUGCAUGCCUGCUGGUAUUACAAACUUCAAACCUGAGAAACAAAUACUCUCUGUCCACUCUACCUAGGCCUCUCAUAAUCUUAAAAA